UCUUCAGUUUUCUCUACUGCCGCCGUUUCUCUCAAAUUUCUGCUUUUUUAAUUUUGUUUUUGUAUUUUUUUAUGGUUCAGUUGUGGUGUUUAAAGUUGGGAGUUUGAUUUGGGGUUUUGAAUUAGGGUUUGCAAAUUAGGGUUUUACUGGAUUUUGUUGUGUUUGUUGAGUUGUUAUAUGAACCGACACUUUUAGUGCUCUCUUAUCCUCUGCUUUUAGGCCCCUACAUUUCAUCUGUUCAACUUUUCAAGAAAAAAGCAUCUCUUGGAAAGCUUUCACGAAAAAGCAGAAGAAAAGCAAAUUUGGCAAACUAGUUAGUAGGAUGACACUCACUGUCAAUGCUUAAAGUUUCAAUUUUUAUUACAUUUUCAAAUCUCACUAAUGCAGCGGAGUGUUGGAUUGUCCUAGGGGUACUGGUUAGUGCCUUCUUUAACCCACUGCAUCCCGGAUUCUCACCCUUGCCCCUAGUGUAUAUUAAAGUAGUAACAUCGCUUGUAUUCAAAUCUCACUAGUUCAUAAGUGUAAAUGAGACUAAUCUUCAGAGAUAAUUGACAAAAAAAAAAAAAAAAAAAAAAUCCUGAAUGAUGAUUUGUCUGCAAUGUUCAUUGUCCAGUGUGUUUAACCUUUCAAGCCCUAAGAGGGAUUGCUUUGCUUAAACAGUAAACACUGAAUCCAAUUGGGUUAAUUUUGGGUCCCAUUCAUCCACGGGAUCUAUAAAGAUAUUCAGAUAUGCCUGAACUGGUCGAACAUCUCCCUAAAUCGUAUCUCCUGCUGUGCAUCUUUGUUGUGUUCCUGUUACAUACUCUUUCCGGUGCAGAGAUUCCCUUAGGUUCAAAACUUUCUGUGGCCGAUGAAAACAUAUGGAUCUCUCCAAAUGGUGAUUUUGCAUUUGGAUUUUUUAACUGUUCAGACCAGCCAAACUAUAGUUUUGGGAUCCGUUUCAAUUCAAAAUCCAUUCCGCUUGACCAACAACUUUUAGUAUGGAGUGCUGCAGAUGGUCUUAUUCUUGGUAAUGAUUCUUAUGCCCAGCUGACCCAGGAUGGCGAACUAGUUUUAUUCGAUUCCUUGAAGGGUGUCACUGCAUGGACCAGUAAAACAAGGCAAUUAUCAGUUGUUUCUGCUGCUCUUAAUGACAACGGAAAUCUUGUUCUAUUGAAUCAAGAGAAACAUAUUGUUUGGCAAAGUUUUGAUUCUCCAUCUGACAUACUUCUUCCUGUACAGAACUUCUCUACAUUUCAAACACUUCGAGCUGCUAGCAGGAAUAGUGUGUCCAGUUACUACACUCUUUUCAUGAGUGCUUCUAGUCAGUUGCAACUUCGAUGGGAAAGUCAUGUCACCUACUGGACAAGUGGAAGCCCUUCUAGUUCAAACCUCAGUGCUUUCAUCACUUCUGAUGGAGCCCUACAACUCCGUGAUCAAAACUUGAAACCUGUGUGGUCACUAUACGGUCAAGAUCACAAUGACUCUGUAAAUUACAGGUUUCUUAGGCUAGAUGUUGAUGGUAAUCUCCGGUUAUACUCAUGGGUAGAAGAAUCAAUGUCAUGGAGAUCAGUCUGGCAAGCAGUUGAGAACCAGUGUGAUGUCUUUGCAACCUGUGGCCAACGUGGCAUCUGUGUUUUCAAUGAAUCUGGGUUCCCUGAAUGCGAAUGUCCAUUUAAGCAGCAGACAAAUGAGUCCACUUCCAGAUGUUUUAUUCCAAAUCAUCGGUGUGCUUCUGGUUCCAACAUGCAACAUUAUAAGCAUACUUCCCUGCAUGGAAUGUACCCACCAACUGAUGAUGUAGUUGCCAAAGUUAGUCUAGAGAAAUGCAAAAACUUGUGUCAGAAUGACCUGACUUGUACAGCUGCAACCUUUACAAAUGAUGGAACUGCACGAUGCUUAAUUAAGAGAACGCCGUAUGUUACUGGCUAUUCAGACCCCUCACUGAGUUCGGUAUCUUACGUGAAGAUGUGUGCAGAUCCAUUAGCUGUAAAUCCCAAUGUCUCGUUGCCUUCCCCUCCGCCACUCAAUCGGUCUCAUAAGUUUUGUUUCCCUUGCUUAAUCGGAGCAGCCUCAGGAGUGUUCGUUGUAUUUGUUUUAGUUCAAUUGGCACUUGGUUUCUGGUUCUACAGAAGAAGAAAUUUGGAUAGGAAGAAAGCCGCGUUUGCUCAUACCAGCCCAAACUCGAAUGGUUUGAUAGUGUUAUCCUUCUCUGAAAUAGAGGAGCUUACAGAGAACUUCAAAUAUCAAAUUGGGCCAAAGAUGUUCAAAGGUGUUCUUCCAAAUAGAAAACAAGUUGCAAUCAAAGAUGUGGAUGCAAGCAUAGAAGAAAGAAAAUACCGGUGUGUAGUUGCAAAGAUAGGAAACAUUCAUCACAAAAGCCUUGUGAAGCUGCAGGGCUACUGUUGUGAGUUAGAUCACAGAUUUCUAGUCUAUGAAUAUGUCAAGAAUGGUUCUCUGGAAAAGUAUAUAGAAGAUGUUAAACUGUGUAAGAAGCUGACUUGGGGGAAGAGAUUUGAUAUAUGCUUAAGUGUUGCAAGGGCCAUUUGUUAUCUGCACACAAGCUGUAGGGAAUUUAUGAGCCAUGGGAAUUUGAAAUGCGAGAAUGUGGUACUGGAUGAAAAUUUAGAGGCCAAGGUGACUGAAUUUGGACUUGGGAACAUAGUCAGCAAGGCAUCAUGCUCUUCAUGCUCUUCUGCAGAGAGAGAUGUGGAGGACUUUGGUAAGAUGGUGUUAGUAUUAGUAAGUGGGUGUCGAGUUGGGGACCUUUGUGAGUGGGCAUACGAAGAGUGGCUGCAAGGGCAUCCAGAGAAUGUGGUAGACAGGAAAAUAAUUGGUGGGUUUAUUGCGCAAGAGCUGGAACGUGCUUUAAGAAUUGCAUUUUGGUGUGUCCAAACUGAUGAACGUAGAAGACCUCCAAUGAGAGAGGUGGUUAAGGUCUUGGAGGGCACCUUGAGCGUUGAUCCACCACCACCCCCUUUUGCUUGUCAAGGGCCACUUGAUGACGAAGAGGAGCCGUAGAACCCAGCUGUAUGGAAGAAAGUUUAUUUUAUUUUUGAAAUAUCUUCUCGAGUUUUAAGCUGUGCAUAGUAGGACUAACAACACAUUGACAAUUUAGCUUUGUGUUCUUGUCUUUGGGAUAGUCCUGACAAGAGAUUUUCCCCCUAUCUGAGCUAUAAUGAAAUGCCAUUUUCCCAUUUAA